GCAUUGCUAAAAAAAAAAAGGAAAAGUUUCCAUCGACUGUGCUGCGUGUUUUAGCCCGCAGGUGACUGGCUCUGGAGGACCAGAAGGAUGAGGACUGCCCACGUCCUGCACGGAGUCACGACUGCCACUGCAGCCCUGCUUCUCCCUCUCUUCUCCCACCUCAGCCGCUGGCGCUGCGCCAGCUGCAGCACGCUCCGAGCCUCCUCUCCUCUUACGCCGCUUGCCGCUCACUUUACAGCAUCCCACCUCCUCCCCCUCCUUCUGAGGGGAGGGGGAGCUGAGAGAGGUGGAGCAGAGGUGGAGGAGGGAUGAUGGGAGGGGAGUCUAGGGCUAGAGGGGGGCGACGGGAGCCCUUGGCCGCCUAUUCGCCUUCCAGUUGCCUCCACACUAUAUAAACACUCAUUGGUGCCUCUGGCUGGACGCACACACACUCUUUACGCACACACACACGCACUGAGGGUGACUUGUAUAUGCAGCCAGCAGAGAGAGAGAGGGAGAAGCGCUCCGAGAGACAGAAAGGUGCAUAGAAAGGAGAGUGGACAGCAGAAGCAGACAGAGAGCAGCAGCAGCAGGACGGAGCAUCUCCUGCGCAUCACGGAUCUUAAACAUCUUUAACUCCUCACAGAGACUCGUAAACUUUUCAAAAAUAUAUAUUUUUAAAGUUUUGGAUCUGAAUUACGCGAUUGCUGGAAGAGUUUCCCCUUCAUACCAACUUUUUCCAUCCCAAUCCAGAAGUUUUCAAAAAGUUACAACUUUUGUUGGCUCCGAGCGACGCUUCACUUUUUCCACGUGUCCCGGCAUCUCACUUCUUUUUUGUAUUAUUUACCUUACAUUUCCUGACAGUUUUUGCUUUAUCACUUUAAUUUUUAACUCAGAAACUCACAAAAAAGACUGAAAAUGAACUUUCAAACACCAAGGGCGUCCCCAGUCAGGUGUGAUUCUAGUCCCAGGUGUUUAAAUCAUUAAAGCAAACUGACUGUUGGUGAUUUUUGUUUUUCUGAAGGUUUGAGAUUAAAGCGUCACCUGCUGCAUCUCAUCCACACAGCCAACGGUGAUUUGCGCUCUGAAGACACCAAAAGCACCAUUUUGUGAUUAUUUUCAGAACACAAUUCAUAUUACAUCUCCGCAGUUCAUUCAUUCUCAGAGCAAAAGCCCGCCGCUGGUAACUUCCAGGGGCUUUUGGAGUGCAUAAAGGAGGCGCUGCGCUUUUUACGCACAAAAAGAAAAGAAAGCCAUCAUUACCAGAUCCAAAAAUUGUGCCCCAGACUUUUUUUAAGCUCUCCUUAAUCAUCUCCCCCAUCAUUUUCAUCAUGCUGUUCGAGAGCUUCGACUUGAUCUCGGCUCUGGCCACACUGGCCGCCUGCCUGGUGUCCAUGGCGCUGCUGGUCGCCGUCUCCCAGCAGCUCUGGCAGCUCCGGUGGACGGCCACCCGGGACAAGAACUGCAAGCUGCCAAUGCCCAAGGGCUCCAUGGGCUUCCCCUUCAUCGGAGAGACCUGCCACUGGCUGCUGCAGGGUUCGGGCUUCCAUGCGUCACGGAGACAGAAAUACGGCAACGUGUUUAAGACCCACCUCCUCGGCCGUCCUCUGAUCCGAGUAACGGGCGCCGAGAACGUUCGCAAGGUGCUGAUGGGCGAGCACACGUUGGUGACGGUUGACUGGCCCCAGAGCACGUCCACGCUGCUUGGACCCAACUCUCUGGCGAACAGCAUCGGAGACAUCCAUCGCAAGAGGAGGAAGGUGUUCGCUAAAGUGUUCAGCCAUGAGGCCUUGGAGUCCUACCUCCCAAAAAUCCAGCAGGUCAUCCAAGAGAGCCUCCGAAUGUGGAGCUCCAACCCUGAGCCCAUCAACGUCUACAGGGAGAGCCAGAGGCUAUCAUUCACCAUGGCGGUCAGGGUGCUGCUGGGUUUCAGGGUGUCGGAGGAGGAAAUGAAGCACCUGUUUUCGACCUUUCAGGACUUUGUAAACAACCUCUUCAGCCUGCCAAUUGACCUGCCUUUCAGCGGCUACAGGAAGGGUAUCCGUGCGCGAGACACUCUUCAGAAAAGCAUAGAGAAAGCUAUCAGAGAAAAGCCCCUGUGUUCCCAGGGGAAGGAUUACAGCGACGCACUGGAUGUGCUGAUGGAGAGUGCCAAAGAGAAUGGCACCGAACUCAGCAUGCAGGAGCUGAAGGAAUCAACCAUCGAGCUGAUCUUCGCUGCCUUCGCCACAACUGCCAGUGCCAGCACCUCCCUGAUCAUGGCGCUACUCCGCCACCCUCAGGUUCUGGAGCACCUCAGGGAGGAGCUGAGAGGCAGGGGCCUCCUCCACAACGGCUGCCUCUGUCCUGAAAGGGAGCUGAGCCUGGACACAAUCAUCAGCCUGAGGUACCUGGACUGUGUCAUCAAGGAAGUGCUGAGACUGUACACGCCAGUCUCCGGGGCCUACCGAACAGCCAUGCAGACCUUUGAACUAGAUGGAGUUCAGAUUCCCAAGGGCUGGAGUGUAAUGUACAGCAUUCGGGACACCCACGACACAGCGGCAGUCUUCAAAGAUGUGGAGGCCUUCGACCCCGACCGCUUCAGUCAGGAGCGAAGCGAAGAUAAAGAGGGCCGCUUCCACUAUCUGCCGUUCGGUGGUGGUAUUCGCUCCUGUCUGGGAAAGCAGCUCGCCACGCUUUUCCUUCGCAUUCUAGCCAUCGAGUUGGCCAGCACCAGCCGCUUUGAGCUGGCCACUCGCCAGUUCCCACGUGUGAUCACGGUUCCAGUGGUUCACCCUGUCGACGGGUUAAAGGUCAAGUUCUACGGCCUGGACUCCAACCAGAAUGAGAUCUUGACAAAGUCAGAAGAGCUGCUGGGUGCCACGGUUUAAAAGGAAAAAGUGCUUAUGAGGGGUGGAUGGAGAAGUUUGAUGAUGUAAAUCUUUAGUGAGAAGAUUGGUGAAGACAAAAGUAAUUUCAGAAUGAUUUUUCCUUCUUCACCUUCAUUCUGCCAGGUUGGGGCGUCCUUUCAGACUGUUCAUGUCUUCUAACAUCUGACGAUCAGGACUUUUCUUUAAGAAAGGAGGAAACUGCCAAAAAGUUUUUAAAUAUGCUCUAUUCUGUGUAUUUUCUAAAGAAGUAUACAUACAAAAUAUUUACAAAAAGUUAUCUAAUAUAAUUUGAAUGAGAGUAGUGCACAACAGACUUUUGGUGAAAUGAAGUGAUGAGAGAUGAGAAACGUAAAGGCGUAUUGGAAAGAGGUGAGAGAUAAAACAGGGUAUAGAAAGAAGGAAUAUAAUUAUCAACCAUUUUGCUUGUGCUUAAAUUCAAUAAAUAAUUUUCAGUUGUCUUGCAGGGUACAAGAGAUGGAUUAUAUGGAGACAGAGAUUUUCUUAUCUGGUUUCAAAGUUUAAGCAGAUCUGUUCAUUUUAGAUCAGGAGCUGGCCUUGCACCCAUGUGCUAAAAAUGUGUAAUAUUUUAUCUGGUACAGGGAUAAACAUAAAAAAUAAAUCAGAUACAAAACAAGAUCAAGAACAAAUUGUUUUGAUUGAUAGGAUUUGUUUAGCAUACAGCAUCUUUUAAAAGGAAUCCUUCGGUGUCAUUAGAUGCAGAAAGCAGACAUUUGUUUUUAGAGUUCAACUAGCAAAACAAGUAACACAUUCCUUAAAAGCAGUUCGGAGGGUGAAACAGCUUGAGUUGGAAGCAAACUUUUAAAUUUGGUCUUUUUUAUUUAUGUCCUGUUUGGUUUGCUGUUUGUUUGGAUUCUUGCGUCAAAUCUACUGUUACGUUUAUGAAUCAAGCUGAAACCUUCAUUGGGUUUAGGAACUAAAUCUUAGUUAGGAAACAAAAUUGUUCAGCUUCAUGAACUAAACGAACUUGAUUCGGUUAAUGAACCAAGCCUACUUAGUUUGGCUUAAGAACUAAUUCGGUUUGGUAAGAAAACACAGUUUCUCAUACUGGAUUGGGUUUAGGAACCAGAUCUACAUGGUCAGAUCUGGAAACAACUUGAUUAGGUUCAAACCCAAAGCUUUAGGAACCAAUCGUGCUUGAUCUGGUUUAGAAAUCAAAUUUACUCAGGUUUUGGAUCAAAUCUUUUUGGUCAGCCUUAGGUACCAAACUAACGUAGUUGUGUUUAGAAAUUCUUCCCAAAAUGUAUCUGCUUACCUACAAUGACACUAAAAUGUAUCACUGUUAAAUGAAAGAUUAACUCUGGAAGGUCAGAUUUUACUUAGAUUUUUGAUAAAAUAGCAGAUUAUGCAGCUGGAUGAAGGAUCAAGCUACUCACUAAAUACUACAAAUUCAGAAAAGAUUUGUACCACUAUAGAAAAAAGAAAAAUAACAGGUUGCCUUCACCCAACAGUAAAAAAACAUGAACUUGAAUGUUUCCUAAAUAUUGUUUAGCCUAGUGAUGCUGACAUUAAACUCAGGUGCAAAGAAGACAAUGUAAAAAUUUGAAUAUCUGGUUUUUGAUAUUUUUCUGACUGCAGAAGAAAAUCUUUUACUAAUAGCUUUAAUUUUGUAGGUGAAACAACUACCUUGCAAAUUUUUAUUUUUAGCUAAUGUACUAAUCAGUCUUAUCCUUUACAGUUACAUGUUCGGAAGGCAGAAAGAACUAGCACAAUUUUCAGUUUUUAUAGUUGAAUUCUGUGCUCUUAUUAAUAAGCAAUGCAACCAACUUACAUUGAGAUUAAAUAUCUUGGAUAACUAACGUAUUUGAUAGUACACUAGUCCUCAUAAAGGAGUGCACCUUCUUAGGCUGGAACCGGGUUAAAGGAUCAGGAGACAUGGUGAAAGUAUAGAGGAAGAGACCUACAUACAUGCUGCUUGAGUGCUGCCUUAUCUUUGUCUUGUUUGUGCACUUCUAUUAUCCCGCCACCAUGGAGGACAACGGUGUUCACUCUCUCGUUGCUCCUCCGAUCAACAAUAAGACGGCAAAGCAAAGUCAGUAGAAAAGGACCAAUUAGAAACCAGGCAGGGGGUGGGGCUUCCUCGGCGGAGUUCCGGAACUUGCUAGGGGAACCUUCAGACAUUCCAGACUGACCCGAGAAGAGUUCUAAAGAGUCAGAGAAAAGGACCAAAGAGAAAUGAGGUCCAGGGCGGGGCUUACGUCUAAGGCUUUUCUUAUUGGACGAUCUUGAUGGACUCUGCCUGUGCCACACCUGUCAUUUCUAAGCAACCACACCACUGAUUUUUUUUUCAAAACAGAAAAAUAUGAAAACUGAGACGGUUUGUUUUGCUGCUUUUCUUGUAAACGUUUUCAGUUUGAAAGAUAUAGAUUGCAAUAGUUUGUACUGAGCGAUAUUUGCUAUGUCAAUUCUUUUUAAAAACAUUUUUUAAAGUAUAAAGAGCAUUAAUAGGGUGUGUAUUAAUUUGUACAUUAUUCCUUAUCAGACUAUGGGGAAAAUAGCUAUUUACAUCAAGUAAUAACCUAAUAUUAAUGGUAUUGUAUGAUUAAUAUUGUUGGUAUAAGAUAUUUGAAAUGCUAUUUUUUAUUCUAUUGCAGAUUUAGAGUUUUUAGCCCACAUCAGAAUGUCUUUGGUAAAUAUUGGAUGUAUUUAGAAUGUUAUGAAUUUCAGUUUAUAUUGUAAACAGUGUUUAAAAUGUUGAUAUUGUUGAUUUGAUUACUGUAAUAAUUAUUUUUUUUUUUGUUAUCCAGACUUAUUAUCACUGCAUUUUAUUUUACAUUAAUUAUGGAAACAGAAAGCACUUGCCAGAUAUGUUUAUUUUUUAAGUGCCAUGCGACUACAGUUCCCUCUUCCUUUCAACCUGUUGGUUUCUGAAUCUGUCCUAUGUCCUUUGUACAUAUUUGCAAUUAUUUUUACUGGAAGAAAUGUUCAUUUAGUUUAAUUAUGAAUGUCUUGUGGUAGUUUUUCCCUUUUCUUUUUUGUUACCAAGAUUGCUAUGUGUACUCCUGUAAUAAACCACAAAGAAAAAAAUA